AUGACAAUAAGCGGCCGGGAGGAGGAGGAGGAGGAGGAAGAGGAGGAGGAAGUGGAAGAGGAGGAGGUGGUGGAGGAGGCGGAAGAGGCGGAAGAGGCGGAAGGGGAGGAGGAGGAGGAGGAGGAGGAGAUCUCCUCUUCUUUGAUCCCGUCACUAGUGGGGGAUCACGGUGCUUUGCGAGACGUGGGGAAGAAGAAGACGAAGAAGAAGAAGAAGGAAGAAGAAGGAGAGAGGGAAUCCGACACGGCCAUUUACUUUGGGCGUGAUUGGAUUACCUCUGCUUGCACAAGAGAGGCUUAUUGGAUCCGUGGGGAGUUUGCGGGGAUACCAUCUCUUAUUUCCACUUCACAACUAUUCUUUCCGAAAGAGGAAGAGAAGGAGAAAAUGUUGAUGGCCAGGAGACGGAAGGGCAGGGGAAAUAAUAAUAAUGUAGAAGGAGAAGAAGAAGAAAUGGAGAGGAUUUUCAUUAUAGCUGAUUCACUUAAGGUAGAUUAUUGGCGAUACCGCCUGUUUGCUGCUGCUGCUGAUGAUGAUGAUGAUGAUGAUGAUGAUGCCGACGUCUGA